UUCCUCAUUCUCUGCGAAGGAGUUUGCUGAGAUGAGUGGACGAGGGAAAACAGGAAAGGCCAAGAGCAAGCCCAAGUCUCGCUCGUCCCGGGCCGGACUGCAGUUCCCGGUGGGCCGUGUUCACAGGCUCCUGAGAAAGGGUAACUAUGCUGAGCGGGUGGGUGCCGGAGCCCCGGUCUAUAUGGCUGCUGUGCUCGAGUAUCUGACGGCUGAAAUCCUCGAGUUGGCCGGUAACGCGGCCCGGGACAACAAGAAGACCCGGAUCAUCCCCAGACACCUGCAGCUGGCCGUCCGCAACGACGAGGAGCUCAACAAGCUGCUGGGAGGGGUGACCAUCGCUCAGGGCGGGGUGCUGCCCAAUAUCCAGGCCGUGUUGUUGCCCAAGAAAACGGGCGGGUCCACCAACCCCAAGGCCAAGUAAAGAGAUAAAGCGACAAUUUAAAAACCCAAAGGCUCUUUUCAGAGCCACUCAGAUUGUCUGUGGAAGGGCUGAGCACCCGCUGGGUGAGUCUGGGGAUUUCCGUUCUGGGUGUCUGCCACAGACUCGGUCGAAAUCGCUUUUCCUCCCCUGAAGAAAAAACAAACUGCAUUAUUUCUCCUCGGAACACUCUCCUUCAACCCGGACUCCCUCCUACACCCGAAUUGUCUCUUUUUAUCGAAAAUGUAUUUUCUUCCGCCAUCGUCAGCACUUCCGGGAUGAUUCCAGAGUGGCGCUUGAAUAGAGGUAAAGCGCGCAAUCUGAUUGGUGAGUGAAAACGCCCAAUCAGACGGCGGCCUCAGUCACCAAUGAACAGGCGGCAGCAGGGAAAGACAUCGUGUAAUGUGUGCGUCCAUAGCAAAAUAUUUUUAUAGAACAGGCCAAAGCUAAAUAAAUGUGUGAAUAUGAGAUGUUUCACGAUCCUGAUCCAUUUAAACUAUGUUGCCCAAAAGUUUAAUAUUCAAAGUUUAUUUAUCAAAUAUGUACACCGUACACAACCUUGAACUUCAUCUUCUUAUAGGCACCCAUAAAGUAAGAAAACAAUAUAAUCCAUGAAAAUCCACACACCGUCAAACUAGCAAUGUGCAGAAGAGGGCAAAUCGUGGAAAUAAUUUAAAAUUAAUACACAGGAUACACAGAAAUAAUACAUAGUAGAAACAUAGAAAAUAGGUGCAGGAGUAGGCCAUUCGGCCCUUCGAGCCUGCACCGCCAUUUAUUAUGAUCAUGGCUGAUCAUCCAACUCAGAACCCAGCCUUCCCUCCAUACCCCCUGACCCCUGUAGCCACAAGGGCCAUAUCCAACUUCCUUUUAAACAUAGCUAAUGAAC